GAUCUCCCCAAUGCUCUCUUCUUCUUCUUCUUCUUCUUCUUCUUCUUCCACUCCUUAGUCAUACUCUCUCUCUCUCGCCGCUCAUCUUCCGCUUGGCCUCGACCGGCGACGGCGCUCAUCUUCCGUCGACCUCUCAUCGCCGCUGGUUCGAUUCCUUCCCGCUGCUCCUCUUCCGAUCGUGUUUAUUGCCGAUUGGGUUGGGGGGUUGAGGUGUUGGAAGGAUGGGUUCCCUGACUCGCCCGUCGGUGGCGCUGCCCGGGGCCGCGGCCUCCGAUCUUUUCGGGAGCUCGAGCGGCGGCGGCGGCGGUGUCCGCGAGCUCUCGCUGAGGGCCCUGGGGAGGGCGCGUUUGGGCGCCGGGAGGAGGAGGAGCGCCGCGGUGGUCGCGAAGCUCAGGAAGGUGAAGAAGCACGAGUACCCCUGGCCCGACGAUCCGGAUCCGAACGUGAAGGGCGGGGUGCUCAGCCACCUCUCGCACUUCAAGCCGCUCAAGGAGAAGCCCAAGCCUGUCACUCUGGAGUUCGAGAAGCCGCUUGUGGAGCUAGAGAAGAAAAUCAUCGACGUGAGGAAAAUGGCAAAUGAAACUGGCUUAGACUUCAGCGAUCAGAUUGCUUUAUUAGAGAGCAAAUAUCAACAGGCUUUGAAGGAUUUGUAUACUCAUCUGACUCCUAUCCAGCGUGUGAAUAUUGCCCGACAUCCCAAUCGGCCAACCUUUCUUGACCAUGUUUUUAGCAUUACUGACAAGUUUGUGGAGCUUCAUGGGGAUAGAGCUGGAUAUGAUGAUCCUGCCAUUGUUACUGGUAUAGGAACCAUUGAUGGUGAGAGGUACAUGUUCAUGGGCCACCAGAAGGGGAGAAACACAAAAGAAAAUAUUCAGCGCAAUUUUGGAAUGCCAACUCCUCAUGGUUACAGGAAGGCUCUACGAAUGAUGUAUUACGCUGAUCACCAUAAAUUCCCCAUCAUUACUUUUAUUGAUACACCUGGGGCUUAUGCAGACCUUAAAUCUGAGGAACUUGGCCAAGGUGAAGCCAUUGCUCACAAUCUGAGGACUAUGUUUGGUCUGAAAGUACCUAUUGUUUCUAUUGUUAUUGGAGAAGGUGGCUCUGGUGGUGCUCUUGCCAUUGGCUGUGCAAAUAAAUUGUUAAUGCUUGAAAAUGCUGUUUUCUAUGUUGCCAGUCCUGAAGCUUGUGCUGCAAUCCUGUGGAAGAGUGCCAAAGCUUCUCCAAAGGCUGCUGAGAAGCUGAAGAUUACAUCUACGGAGUUAUGCAAGUUACAAGUUGCUGAUGGGAUCAUUCCAGAGCCACUUGGAGGUGCCCAUGCAGAUCCAUCUUGGACCUCGCAACAGAUUAAAAAUGCAGUGGUUGAAGCUAUGAAAGAGCUCAAGAAGAUGGACACACAAGAGCUGCUGAAGCAUCGCAUGCUUAAGUUCCGAAAAAUUGGUGGAUUUCAAGAAGGAAUUCCGGUGGAUCCUAAGAGGAAGGUGAACAUGAAGAACAAAGAAGAACCUUUAUUAGGAAAGAUUUCUGAUGCAGAACUGGAGAGUGAAGUGGAAAAACUAAAACAGAAGAUUGCAAAUGCUAAGGAAUCAUCGGCUGAAGCUUCUGAUAGUGGUCUGGAUGAAUUGAUAGAAAAACUCAAAAAGGAAGUGGAUCAUGAGUACUCUGAGGCAGUUAAGGCCUUGGGCUUGGAUGAAAGAAUGUCAAUGUUGCGAGAAGAAUUUGUGAAAGCUAAGCAACAGGAGCAACCUUUGCAUCCUAUUUUAAUGGAUAAGAUUGAUAAGCUAAACAAGGAGUUCAAUGAAGGCUUGCCAGGGGCUCCCAAUUAUGAUAGCCUCAAGAGCAAGCUUGACAUGUUGAAUGAGUUGUCUAAAGUGAAGAAUGCUGAAAAGGUUGCUUCACAGAAGGAAGAAAUAAAUAGGAAACUGAAGGAGUUAUUAGAACGUCCUGAUUUGAAGGAGAAGGUUGAAGCUCUGAAGGCAGAAAUUGAAGACUCUGGGGCAACUUCUCCUGGGGAUGUUGAUCAAGGUCUGAUGGAGAAAAUUCUCAAUUUGAAGAAAGAGAUAGACAUGGAAAUGGCCAAUGUCCUUGAAUCUUUUGGACUGCAUGUUGAGGCCAUUAAACCUACCAGCACUGAUAUUAGUCCAGAAAUUAGUGUUAAAGUCGGUAAUCUAACUAAAGAAAUAAAUAACAAAAUUGAAGAAGUUGUCCACUCAUCUGACCUGAAAAAUAUGAUGGAGAUGCUGAAGGUGGAGAUCGAGAAUGCUGGAAAGGUGCCUGAUUCGUCAUCGAAAAGUAAGAUCGAUGCACUACAGCAACAAAUUAAGCAGAGGCUUUUUGAGGCAAUAAAUUCUUCUCCAGAGCUAAGAAAGAGAUGUGAAGAGCUGACAGUGGAGAUUCCUGAGGUUAUGGAAUCUACUGGAGAGUCCAAUGGAAGGUUGAAAAGUUCCAGUGGUGAAGAAAGUCCCAAGCACGAGGAAUCAAGAAUAGGGGCCAAUGCGGGAGCAAAUGGCAACUAGUUUAGCCAUUUUCCUUCCUCCGGAUGCAACUGGGAAAGUGAGAAAGGAACAGACAUCGGUUUUCACCAGGGCGGUUACGCUGCACUUACUUAUUUCCAGGUCAAAUGCCUGCAAAAUUUUACGCCCUUGCUAAGCAUUUGAUGCAUCUUUGUCCUGCCAAUGCACACUAGUUUUGCACGCACAGAGUACCAGGGACAAAUUGGGUCUUCUAUUUUAUCCGUUCAAAUACUUCCCAUUUCAUGUCGAGUAGUUUUGGCUAAUCAGUAAAAUGUCCAUUCGCCUUCUGCCUACAUCAAGCAUUGAAGAACUUAAUUUUCUGUGUCCAUAAGACGACAGUUGUGUAUGUUGUGCUGAGCGAUGGUGAUUCUUCAAAAUGCUGCGCUCGUUUCAAUAAGAUUCUGGUGAUUUGU